AUAAUGAUUACAAUAAUAUGAAGCUUCCUGCUUACUAAGAGACUCACUUAUUUUGUUUAUCAUUUCGUGACAACUGGUUUUCAAGCUUCCUCAACAGCUGCACUGAAGCGCAGCAUUUAAAUCUAAAUAAAAAACAGAAAAUAUAAAAUGGAUGGAAAAAGAGAGAGAGAAUGCGAUUCAACACGCUGGCUUAAUGUAUUUUAGCGCUUGGGGCGCACACAUUAAAAACCACAGCAAUAACAACGACAACGCGAGAGAUGCCAUCAACAAAAAGCAGCUAAGGAUGAAGGGCGAGGCAGAGCGGGGCAGGGCAGCGCAGGGCGUAGGAAGCUGAAAGCUGAAGGCGCCGCAAUCCUGAAACAUAUGCCACAACAACAAGGCAGAGCAAGUGAAGUGUAGCUCCAGGUGUUUGGCUGUUUGGCUGUUUAGCUGUGUGACCAGCUGCCGCAAUUCCCACGAUACUUGCCACAAAUGUGCUCAAAUGUGCACAGAAAUGUGACAACAAUGUGACUAAAAUUGACUUUCCGUAAUGCGUAUUACAAUUACGUACGUAAGCGUGAAAUCGCUAAAAUUUGACAAAUCAUCGGACAAACAAUAGAAACGGCAACAUAGAUAAAAGCAUGUGCUGCCAAUAUGGCAUUAAGUCCAGUCUUAUCCGUUAAGUGUGCAGAGUAAGAGUACAAAACCUAUUGCAAGGCAUCAAUCAUAAAUACAUUAUUUAAGCUGCAGGCCAAUCGACAACAGCAACAACAAUAUGGAUGGCUUUGUGUCUUUUAGUCCAUUGUGUGCAUGUGUCUGGAGAGGGGAGGCGAGAGUUUGCGGCUAAUUGCAUUUGCUCGGCCAGAAAGCUUAGACGUAACUCGAUAAGCUCGCAUGCUUUCGGCUCUGUCCGUUGGCAUUUUGACUCAAUUAUGAAAUUUUGCAGCAAUUAAAAGUUAAUGAGAUAUGCAACGACAACAUUGUCCGCCAGCGGGUCUUUCAUUGUCAACCACCUCGCAACCGGGCCUCGCAACCUAAAGUCGAAGCCACGCUGAAAAGUAGGCAACACAAAUUGUGAGGUGCGUGCCAGGUUCGAUGGUGCGUAUGCGUGAUUUUUAAUUGCUAUUGCAGCGCAAACCACAAUAAUGACACUGUAAGGCUUGCAUGUUCCGCAACGAUUUGUCCAAUUAUACGGGGUCCUUUGCAUAAAUACGUCUAAAUAGUGAAUAUGACUGAUUUGCACUUGAGAUUAAAGGUGUUUUCGUUUUAUGAGUCAAUAAACAUGUACAAUAAAUAUGCGAAUGGAGCGCAGCGAGGUGCAAACGAGGCCUUGCCACGUUUUCGCAUUCCAGAUAAAACGCGAUUAAAUUCAUUUUGCUCGCUCCUGGAUUUGUCGGCUGUCUGUCAUCCAGUGUAAACACUUUGAUUGCUAGCCAAUAAAAUGCUCGCUGCUCGUUUGGCGAAAUAUGUCAGGCAUGUGUUGAAAUGCCAUUCUCAAUGGCAGCAAUGACUGUCGAUACUCAACUAGCGUGUAAUUCAGUUGCGAAUCGACAAUGGACAACUUCAAAGCAGAGCUAAUGCUCAACCAGCACAGCGUUGUGCGCUCCAACAUGGAACCAUUAACUCAGCUGCAUACAAUCAACAACAGCUUCGUUUUGGACAUUGUACUGCGUCUCGAUCGCAGCAAGCAUUUCAAGAACUUUGUGUUCUUCAUCUCGGAGCAGCUGAAUCUCAACAAUGCUGGUGCCAUCGAGUUCUUUGGCAAUUUCUGGCUCACAUUUCCAUAUGUACCCAGAAUAUUUGUCAGACGACCAAUCGAAUCAGACAAAUCGAUCAGAGAUCUCAUAAGCACACCUUCGUUGGUGCUCAUCUGCACAACGAAUCGCAGUGAUCCCAUCAUGGACGUGGCAAGUCAGAGUCUUCGGGGAAUGCGUUGGCUAAAGACUAUCUUUGUGCUCUUUCCCAAAUUGCGAACGGACCAGGAUCACAGUGAAGCGCUCUCCUCUCAAGUUAAGGAUGUGCUCGACUGGACAUGGACCAAACAGUUUAUUAACACGUUUCUCCUAACCAUCAAGAAUAAUUUAUUUCUGCUUCAGCCAUAUCCAACGCCCAAGGUUGUGAAUAAAACGCGUACCUGGCGCUCCAAGCAUCUGUUCAAAGAUACCAGCAGUAUCAUCAACACCAAAGGAUAUAAGAUACGUACUCCCGUAUUCGAUGAUCUGCCUCGUGUAUUCAAGGGAAUUGAUCAAAAGGUUUACGGCACGAGUGCCGAGUUUUUCAAGGAUUUCCUCGAGUUUAUCAAUGCCGAGAUUGUGGACACAAGCGCCAAUCUGAGCAUCAAGUCAUUCGACUUGCCCACUCUGCUGGAGCUGGUUGCUCAGGGUGUCUACGAGACAUUGAUACACUCAUUUACGGAUCUGAUUGGCAACUAUUCGGUGAGCAUUAGCUAUCCGCUUGGCAUCAACGACUGGUGCAUCAUGGUGCCCUACAGCAACGAGUCCUUCCAGGAGUUGUACGUCCGCGAGGCUCUGCAGAACAGCGUUUGGCUGCUCUUGCUCCUGGCCAUUGCCUACAUGAGCUUCGCCAUCUGGCUGUGCUCCCCACAACGGCCACGUGAUCUAAGUGGCGCUGUGCUUCAGUGCAUCUGCAGCAUUACAAACAAUCCGCCAUUGUCGAUCAUGAAACCAGCUACGCUGCGAAUGCGCUUUCUCUACGUGAUACUAUUCAUCAUGGGUCUCAACUGCUCCAACAUGUACAUCUCCAAGAUGGCCAGCUACUUGACUUCGGCACCUCAACCUCGACAACUAAACACGCUGCAGGACAUUAUUGAUGCGGAUUUGCGCAUCCUGGUGCAGGGCUAUGAGUACGAUCGUCUGGCGAGAUCACCGCAAACCUAUCCGCCACGCUUCUUGCAACAGGUGGACAUCGUCAAUGCUGAUGUACUUCAGCAUCAUCGGGACAGGAUGAAUGCCAGUUAUGGCUACUUUGUGCCCUCAGAUCGUUGGGAUUUCAUGAACUUGCAACAGAAGCACCUGCGGUGGCCCAUCUUUCGAUUGACAGAGAUCUGUUCGGGUCCCUUCUACCAUGUUUAUCCUAUGCACCUCGAUUCGCAUCUUCGCUCGCCGCAUCAGAACUUUAUCUUGAUUUCACAACAGUCUGGCCUGAAGGUUCAUUGGAAACGUGAGGCUUUCUGGGCAGCUCUGCGCAUGCACUACUUUCGGCUAUACAUCGACCAGGAUGAACCAACGCCUCUCAGCAUGAGCUUCAUCUCUAGCAUGGUGCGCACCUGGUGUCUGGGUCUGGUGCUUGCCGGAUUGGCAUUUGUUUUCGAGAUGAAGUGGCAUGAGCUUAUGAGAAUUUACAGGCGAUUCAGGAGAACCUAGAGUAUAAUAGUACUUUAU